AUGUCACCAUCAGCAGCAGCUGGCGUAGGAGACGGAGCGGUGCCGAUAUUACUACUGAAAACCAAAUCGACCCCCGGAGACAGCUAUGAGGAUAUCUUCUCGCAGCCGCACAGCGGCCUAUCCUUUAUCCCAUCGUUCGUGCCAGUUCUGGAGCACAGGUUCCAAGAUACCGGCAUGGCCCGAGUCCGGUCUGUCCUCAAGUCUCAGAUGGUCGGCAAACACUUCGGAGCAGCAUACGGUGGUCUCAUAUUCACAUCCCAGAGAGCCGUCGAGGCCUUCACACAAGUUGUUCAAGAUGGCCUAGGUGAGAAGCAGGGUGACUCCUCCAAGAGUGCUCUGGCAUGGCCCUGCCUCCAGGAGGUCCCCAUCUACAGCGUCGGACCGGCCACCACAAGGGCGCUCAAGGCUGUUCCCCAGGACCCGCCUCUGCAGGUAUUCGGCGAGCACACAGGCAAUGGCGACAGCCUCGCCCAUUUCAUCCUGGAGCACUACGCGCAGUGGUACACAGACCGGCCCGAGGAAAAGCCUGCGUUACUGUUUCUGGUGGGCGAGCAGAGAAGGGACAUCAUUCCCAAAACUCUUAUGGAUGACAAACUGCCAGAUGACAGACGAAUCGAGGUGGAAGAAGUCGUGGUCUACGGCACUGGGGUCAUGGAGUCGUUCGCAGACGACUUCCAGAGGAGCCUGCAGGAGACGCAGGGGAGCAAGAUGGUCUGGAUUGUCGUCUUCUCCCCCACGGGCUGCGAUGCCAUGCUGCGCGGCCUGGGUAUGAUCGACGAGACCACAGGCAAGGCAAAGCCGAAUGACCCGAACAGGACGAGGUUUGUUGCCACGAUUGGGCCUACAACAAGGAAUUACCUGCAGAGGACGUUCGACCUUGAGCCAGAUGUAUGCUCUGAGAAGCCGAGUCCAGAAGGCGUCCUCGAGGGGAUCCAGCAAUUUAUAUCGCAAAUGCCAUGA